UUCCUCGGCUGGUCGCGGCCUAAUCUCCACUUUCGUUUUGCGUCCCGCCCAAGUUCAGGGGUUUAAGGAGUGACCGCCCGCUUCGCUCGUCUUCGUUGCCGUCCAUCAUCGGGCCGCUCUCAUCCAUCCUUCUUUUCACCCCCCCCUCUCUCCCCCCUAAACCCUUCGUCUCUCUUUUGCUCUUUCUAUUCAAGAAACCCCAGAGCAGGGAGAGAAACCCUAGAUAAACCCUAGUCAAGAAUCAAGAUGAGCUACGCCUCCUUCAAGAUGAUGCACUGGGCGACCGGGAUCGAGAACUGCGCCGCCGGAUUCAUCACCCACUCGCGGGCGGACUUCGCCGCCCAGAUCCCCCCCAUCCAAGCCGACGAUCUCGAGUCCGAAUGGUCUCCCAAGAGGCGGAUUGGUCCCAUCCCCAAUCUCGUCGUGACGGCCGGGAAUGUGCUGGAGAUUUACCUUGUCAGGAUCCAGGAAGACGAUGGCAGACCUGACGCGCGGCCCGGAGGCGAGCAGCGUGGUGGGGGCAUGAUGGAUGGGCUCAGCGGUGCCCGCCUCGAACUCGUUUGCCAUUACCGAUUGCAUGGUAAUGUGGAAUCAAUGGCAAUACUGUCUCUUGGAGUUGAUGAUCGCAGCAAAAGAAGAGAUUCGAUAGUGUUAGCAUUCCAAGAUGCAAAACUUACAGUGCUAGAAUAUGAUGAUUCAACACAUGGGUUGCGUACUAGUUCCAUGCAUUGUUUUGAGGGACCAGAUUGGCAUUUCUUGAAAAGGGGCAGAGAAAGAUUUGCUAGAGGUCCUCUAAUAAAGGCUGACCCCUUGGGCCGCUGUGGUGGAGCACUCGUCUAUGGGCUUCAAAUGAUAAUUCUUAAAUCUGCUCAGGCUGGCCAAGGAUUGGUUGGAGAUGACGAGCCUGCUAGUUUGGGAGGCACUUUUCCUGCGCGUAUUGAGUCAUCAUAUGUGAUUAACUUACAUGAUUUAGAUAUGAAGCAUGUCAAGGAUUUCACCUUUGUACAUGGUUAUAUUGAGCCUGUUAUGGUUAUACUUCAUGAAAGAGAACCUACCUGGGCUGGUCGGAUCUCAUGGAAGCACCAUACUUGCAUGAUCUGUGCACUUAGUAUCAGCACAACUCUAAAACAGCAUCCUAUGAUAUGGUCUGCUGUGAAUCUUCCGCAUGAUGCAUACAAGCUUCUUGCAGUGCCUUCUCCUAUUGGUGGUGUUCUUGUAAUAUGUGCUAAUACCAUUCAUUAUCACAGUCAGUCUGCAUCUUGUUCACUUGGCCUCAACAAUUUUGCAAAUCAGCCAGAAAAUAGCUCAGAGAUGCCGAAAUCAAACAUCAAUGUGGAGCUUGAUGCAGCCAAUGCGACAUGGUUAUCACAUGAUGUUGCCAUGUUCUCAUCAAAAACUGGAGAACUACUCUUGCUUACAUUGGUUUAUGAUGGGAGAGUUGUGCAGAGACUUGAUCUUAUGAAAUCAAAAGCUUCAGUUUUGACCUCAGGCAUCACGACAAUUGGAAGUUCAUUCUUUUUCCUGGGCAGUCGUUUGGGAGACAGCCUUCUUGUGCAAUAUAGUUGUGGGACAUCCACACCAACAACAGCCAACAUGAAAGAUGAGGUUGCUGAUAUUGAAGGCGAUGGCCCCUCAGCAAAGAGGCUACGAAGGAUGUCAUCUGAUGCUCUACAAGAAGUUGUCAGCGGUGAGGAGCUUUCAUUGUAUUCCACAGCUCCAAAUAGUUCAGAAUCAGCACAGAAGAUCUUCUCGUUUGCAGUCAGGGAUUCCUUGGUUAAUAUUGGUCCACUGAAAGACUUCUCUUACAGUUUAAGGAUCAAUGCAGAUCCCAAUGCUACAGGAAUUGCGAAGCAAAGCAACUAUGAAUUGGUGUGCUGCUCGGGCCAUGGAAAAAAUGGGGCUCUAUGCAUGCUUCAACAAUCAAUUCGUCCUGAAUUAAUCACAGAGGUUGAAUUACCUGGCUGCAAAGGGAUUUGGACAGUGUACCAUAAGAGCUCACGUGGUCAUACAGCUGACCCUUCUAAAACAAUGUCAGAAGAUGAUGAAUAUCAUGCAUAUUUGAUAAUAAGUCUGGAGGCUCGAACUAUGGUUCUUGAAACAGCUGAUGAUCUGGGAGAGGUUACGGAAACUGUGGAUUAUUAUAAAGGAAGUACAAUUUCUGCAGGAAACUUAUUUGGAAGGCGUCGAGUUGUGCAGAUUUUUGCACAUGGUGCCCGUAUCCUCGAUGGUUCAUACAUGACCCAAGAGUUGAACUUUGGUGGGCAUAAUUCUGACUCAACUACCAACUCAGAGUUAUCUGCGGUAGCAUCUGUUUCUAUAGCUGAUCCCUUUAUAUUACUAAAAAUGACUGACGGAAGUAUUCAGCUACUUGUUGGAGAUCCUUCUGCUUGCACUGUCUCUGUCAGUGUCCCAGCUAUAUUUGCAAACUCAACAAAGUCAAUAUCUACAUGUACACUUUAUCAUGACAAAGGACCAGAACCAUGGCUCCGUAAGACAAGUACUGAUGCAUGGCUUUCUACCGGAAUUGCUGAGACCAUUGAUGGGAAUGAUGGAUCAUAUCAUGAUCAGGGUGAUGUAUAUUGUCUGGUCUGUUAUGACAAUGGUAGGCUUGAUAUUUUUGAUGUGCCUACUUUUAAAUGUGUUUUCUCUGUGGAAAAUUUUAUUUCUGGAAAGUCCCAUCUUGUGGAUGCAUAUAUUCUGGAACCAACCAUAUCUACUCAGGUAAACAAGGAAAAAAUGUCUGAGGGGGUAAAAGUUCAAGCAAAGAAGGAAACCCCAGAAAACAUGAAGAUAGUUGAAUUGGCUAUGCACCAGUGGUCAAGUCAAUAUAGUCGACCAUUUCUUUUUGCGAUAUUAAAUGAUGGGACAAUGCUCUGUUAUCAUGCUUACAUAUAUGAGGGCCCAGAACAUGCAGCAAAAGUUGAGGAUGUAGUUUCUCCUCAUAAUGCCAUUGAUAUAAGUAACAUAAGCACUUCAAGGCUUAGAAAUUUGAGAUUUGUUCGUGUUUCCCUAGACAUUACUGCACGUGAAGAAUCUCCAGAUAGUGUUAUGCGACCAAGAAUAACAAUGUUCAAGAAUGUAGGGGGAUAUCAAGGUUUGUUCCUUACUGGGUCAAGACCGGCAUGGUUUAUGGUCUGCAGGGAACGACUUCGGGUCCAUCCACAGCUCUGUGAUGGAUCCAUAGUGGCUUUUACUGUUCUACACAAUGUGAAUUGCAAUCACGGUCUCAUAUAUGUUACGUCUCAGGGUUAUUUGAAAAUUUGUCAGCUGCCAUCUGUAUUUAAUUAUGAUAGCUAUUGGCCAGUUCAAAAGGUUCCUUUGAGGGGCACCCCGCAUCAAGUCACUUACUUUGCUGAAAAGAAUCUAUACCCACUUAUCAUAUCUGUUCCUGUUGUAAGGCCUCUAAAUCAAGUCCUUUCUUCUCUUGCUGAUCAAGAUAUAGGCCAUCAGACAGAUCGUGAAAGUGUCAGUUCUGAUGACCUGCAAAAGUUUUACAGUGUUGAUGAAUUUGAAGUCCGCAUUUUGGAGCCAGAGAAAUCUGGUGGGCAUUGGGAAACAAGGGCUAUUCUUCCGAUGCAAACUUCUGAAAAUGCUCUUACUGUUCGUGUGAUUACAUUAUUUAAUACAACAACAAGGGAAAAUGAAAGUCUUUUGGCCAUUGGGACAGCUUAUGUGCAAGGGGAGGAUGUAGCUGCUCGAGGCAGAGUGCUGCUGUAUUCUUUUAGCAAAAAUUCUGAGAAUUCCCAGAAUCUGCAGGUUUUAGAGGUUUACUCUAAGGAGUUGAAGGGAGCUGUCUCAGCUUUAGCAGCUCUUCAAGGUCACUUACUGAUAGCAUCUGGCCCAAAAAUUACCUUGCACAAGUGGACUGGUUCCGAGCUGAAUGGGGUUGCAUUCUAUGAUGCUCCUCUACAUGUUGUGAGCUUGAACAUUGUCAAAAACUUUAUCCUCUUGGGCGACAUCCACAAAAGCAUAUACUUUCUGAAUUGGAAAGAGCAAGGUGCUCAAUUGAGCUUGCUGGCUAAGGAUUUUGGCACUCUUGAUUGUUAUGCAACUGAAUUUCUGAUUGAUGGGAGUACAUUGAGUCUUGUAGUUUCAGAUGAUCAGAAAAACAUUCAGAUCUUCUAUUAUGCGCCAAAAAUGCUGGAAAGUUGGAAAGGGCAGAAGCUUCUAUGUAGGGCAGAAUUUCAUGCUGGAGCCCAUGUAACAAAGUUCUUGCGGUUGCAGAUGCUCCCCACCUCUGCUGAUCGAACCACUGCAGCAACUGGAUCUGACAAAACCAAUCGAUUUGCUCUUUUGUUCGGCACACUAGAUGGGAGCAUUGGUUGCAUUGCACCUCUAGAUGAGCUCACUUUCCGCAGGCUUCAGACCCUACAGAGGAAGCUAGUAGAUGCUGUUCCUCAUGUAUGUGGUCUAAACCCUAGAUCAUUCCGACAGUUCCGUGCAAAUGGAAAGGCACAUCGUCCUGGCCCUGACAAUAUGGUAGAUUGUGAGCUUCUUUCCCAUUAUGAAAUGCUACCACUGGAUGAACAGCUAGAGAUUGCUCAGCAAAUUGGAACUACCCGUUCACAAAUUCUUUCCAACUUAAAUGAUCUAUCACUUGGAACGAGUUUCCUGUGACAACAGCGGUGACUUUCUUAUCUCAAUUAUCUACCAAAUCUGGGCUUUUGGCGGAACAUUGCUAGCACUCAAUGGGGAUGCUGUCUUCUUUUUUUUGGGGGGUACAUAAUGGGGAUGAUGUCUUCAACCCUAAACCCGAUAUAGCAUCUGUGCUGAACCACCCCCAGCACAGGCAGAUGUCAUUUCAUCAACAGCAAACUGCCUUUUAACCUGGAUGUGUGCUAUGAGAUGUGACACUAGAUAUGGCAUAUGGAGUGGAUGAUGCACCUAUUCAGCAGUUUUAACUAAAUGAAGCUGGAUGGUGGAAACAAUAAACCUGGCAAUGAGCUGAUGACGUGUUGCAGGCUGCAACUACAUGUGCAGAUGUGCUUUCACGCCCUUUGUCCUGCCACUUGCUGUCUAAACAGACACUAGUAGUUAUUCUGAAACCUUUGUUUAUUAUGUCUACUUGAGCUCACAAAUAGCUCAUAGCUCAUGACUUGUACCAUUUGUCGGUCAGAAAGUCAGUGUAUUAUAUCAUUGAUUGGUAUUCUCUAGUACUUGCAAUGAGAUCAAUGUGAAAACAUUUCAAGCAUGAAUUCUUUCUUUGAUAGAACUUUCAAGUAUUAGUUCUGUAUUGCGGAUACAAGAUUGUAAAAUACAUUGAAGGAAAAAGAACAGGGCUAUAAUGGAGUAUUCCUGAAUCUGUUUUUGUGUUA